AUGUUGCACUCAAAGGACGGCCGCGAUAGCGACACGUCGCACAGCGAGGAGCGCGAUGAACCACAAGAAGCGACUAAUAAUGACGCCGAACUAUCAUGGAAGAAGCUCGCGAAGCAGGAUCUAACACCCUCUCGCCACCGCGAUACAUACAUCGGCGCACUCUUAUUCAACAUCAGCGCCUUCAUCCUCCCAGCCCUCUACACCACCCUCUCCAAGCUCUGGGUCGCGCACAUUGACUCCUCUAUGGUCGUAACAACAGACACCUUCACCUACAUCGGCGUCGUCGCAGAGGUGCUAAACGAAGGUUUACCACGCGCGUCCUACCUGGUCAUCGGCGACAAGGCCAAUCGGGAGUAUCGGUCUCGACUGCAGUUGACACACACGCUUAUUCUGUUCCAGGGCGUGUUAGGUCUAAUCAUGAGUAUCGCUUUUGUAGCCGGCGCGUCUACUUUUGCUAGGGGUUUCGUUCCUAGCGAAGUCCGCGCUGCGAGCGUUACGUUUCACGUAAGAGGUGUCACGCCGAGUGUUAAUAUGCAGGCUGCUAUCUCGCUCGCGUGUAGUCUCUCUUCUGCGCUAGCGGGUCUGGGCUACUUUAUCUGGAUCACGAGGUUUGCGUCAGAGUCAGAGGAUGGUGAAGGGCAGACGACGACGACAAAGCCGUCGGUGGCUUCACUGCGGACGUUGGCGAAACCGGGGAUUGUGUUUUUUGUCGAAUCCGCGAUUCGCAAUGCGUUGUAUCUGUGGUUGGUUCAUGGGAUUGUGGAUCUUGGGAGGGAUUAUGCGACUGCGUGGGGGGUGUUUUCGACAAUCCGAUGGGGCUUGGUUAUGGUUCCUGUCAUGGCGCUUGAAGCUACCACGCUCACGUUUAUCGGCCAUUCAUGGGGACAGUUCCGCGCCUCCUCGCUCGGUGACGAAUCUGGGCGGCGCCACAAUACGAAACCAGAAGCGACGAGGCGCCAGAUCUGGAGUGUGGCGCGGUGGGUGCUUUACUCCAUCGCCAUAGUCCUGGUUGUCGAGAUUCCUCUUUGCUUCUCCAUGGCGUUCCGCGGCGCGGGCCAGUUUGCAAGAUACCUUUCUGGCUCGGACGAGGUGGCUAAGAUUGUGGCGCGCAUGUGGCGGACGGUUGAUUGGUGCUAUAUUCUCUAUGGCGUCUCCACUCAACUUGCCGCUGUCCUUGCUGCCACAAGGCCUAGGUGGUAUUUGUACCAAUCUCUCGCAUCGAAUAUCCUCGUUAUAGACAAAGAUGGUUAA